UGCAGCACACGCGCGGAUAAAAUCCUGCAAUUUAUCGGCCUCUGGUGUAGUCAAACCCACGCAGGGAAUCUGAGCGGAGAGCAUCCAUUCAGCCACAGGUCAUCUGAAGCCGCUAAUCUUUUACAGAAAUGGAAGACGAAAUUGCCGCCCUGGUUGUUGACAAUGGCUCUGGCAUGUGCAAAGCUGGUUUUGCAGGAGAUGAUGCUCCCCGUGCUGUGUUCCCCUCCAUUGUUGGACGUCCUAGACAUCAGGGUGUGAUGGUGGGUAUGGGUCAGAAGGACAGCUAUGUUGGUGACGAGGCGCAGAGCAAGAGGGGAAUCCUGACCCUGAAGUACCCAAUUGAACAUGGUAUUGUCACCAACUGGGAUGACAUGGAGAAGAUUUGGCAUCACACCUUCUACAAUGAGCUGAGAGUUGCUCCUGAAGAGCACCCAGUCCUGCUCACAGAAGCACCCCUCAACCCCAAAGCCAACAGAGAAAAGAUGACCCAGAUUAUGUUUGAAACCUUCAACACCCCUGCCAUGUAUGUGGCCAUCCAAGCUGUACUCUCUCUGUACGCCUCCGGCCGCACCACUGGUAUCGUCAUGGACUCCGGUGACGGAGUGACCCACACAGUGCCAAUCUAUGAAGGAUACGCCCUGCCCCACGCAAUCCUCAGGCUGGACCUGGCCGGCAGAGACCUCACAGACUACCUCAUGAAGAUCCUGACAGAGAGGGGUUACAGCUUCACAACCACAGCUGAGCGUGAGAUUGUGCGUGACAUUAAGGAGAAGCUGUGCUAUGUUGCUCUGGACUUUGAGCAAGAAAUGGGUACUGCUGCUUCUUCUUCAUCCUUGGAGAAGAGCUAUGAAUUGCCUGAUGGGCAGGUCAUCACUAUUGGAAACGAGAGGUUCCGUUGUGCUGAAGCGCUCUUCCAGCCGUCCUUCCUUGGGAUGGAGUCUUGUGGAAUCCAUGAAACUACCUUCAACAGCAUCAUGAAGUGCGACGUGGACAUCCGUAAGGACCUGUAUGCCAACACAGUGCUGUCUGGAGGUACCACCAUGUACCCAGGCAUUGCUGACCGUAUGCAGAAGGAAAUCACUGCUCUGGCACCCACUACCAUGAAGAUCAAGAUCAUUGCUCCCCCUGAGAGGAAGUACUCUGUAUGGAUCGGCGGCUCCAUCCUGGCUUCCCUGUCCACAUUCCAGCAGAUGUGGAUCAGCAAGCAAGAGUACGACGAGUCCGGCCCCAGUAUUGUCCACAGAAAGUGUUUCUAAAGAGACUGUCCCACCCAAAUACACUGCUAUAAACCAAACAACUGGCUCUUCAUACACUUCUACAGAAAUGCUGUAUGCAGUGCCCACAACACCUCUUCAUCCUUCCCUCAUCACUUUGGCACCAUGCCCCCAGAUGGGGAGAAACUGUGCAGGAAGUACAGAGCGUUGCAGGUGGUAUGAAUGUGAGAAACACAAGGUUUUUGUCAUUGUUUGUGCAAGUCAUUCCAGAUGUCUUUGUUCACCACCUUAUUUGCCUCUAUGAAGGUUUAUUCUCUUCUGGGCCCACUGCCCAACAGAGCUGUAGUAUUAAUAUGUAAAUUAUAUUGUAAUCUGAAGACUUUUUGUUUUUGUACUUUCAGCCUUAAGUGAUACUUGGUCCAACUUAAAAGUAAAAUGGUACCUUGUAAAGAGGCAUGUUGAGGCUCUUGGCCUCUGUACAAAGAACUAAAUAAAGUGCACAUCUUGAAUUCA